AUGCCUACUAUCCAGGAGGGCAGCUUGAGGCAGUUCCUGGUGGAGGCGGUGUCCAUUUUAGCUCACCGUGACCUAGAGCCAGUGAUCUCCAGCCUCCUCGGCGAACAUCUGCCGAUGGACAGUGACAUCACUGAGCUGUGGAGAUCUCUGGGGGGAGACCCCUUGCUUGCCACUCAAGUCCUAAAGAUCCUGAUAGACAAGAUAAAGACUCCAACAAGACAAGAAGGCCGCAUCACCUCAGAGACUGAAAUCGACAGGGAUUUGGCAGCUGCUGAACCUCUCUCAGCAACAUGUGCCAUCUUUGAGGUGGUGUCAGCACUGCAGUCGAGCAAAGCUGUGCAGGAGCUGAUCCCAGGUGCUGCAUCCUCACCUGUUCUCCUGCAGCAGAUUAAAAAGGAACCACUGGAUUCCCUGGCAUCUCCAGUUCGCUACAAGGCAAUUCUUGCCAUUGAACAUCUGAGCAAACUCAAACCAUCUUUGACCUUGGAGGAAAACCGUGAACUUCUUGAUCAGUGUUUCAAAAGUUUAUUUCCCCUUCCUCCCUUGGAGAAGACGAAAGAGGAAGGCGAGACAGCAAAGGAUGCUCUGCAUAUACAGUCACUGUAUGUGAGGUCCUUGGAAGCCCUUGGCAAGCUAAUGAAGACUGUCCUGAUAGACAAGAUAAAAACUACAACAAGCCAAGAAGGGAGCACCACCUCAGAGACUGAAAUCGACAGGGAUUUGGCAGCUGCUGAACCUCUCAAAGCAACAUGGGCCAUCUCUGAGGUGGUGUCAGCACUGCAGUCGAGCAAAGCUGUGCAGGAGCUGCUCCCAGAGUUGUUUCCUGUUCUCCUGCAGCAGGUCAGCCGAACCCUAGGACAAGAGAUGCCUUUGCCCAGGAUAAGCAGCCGGAGGGAAUUCCGAGAAGACCUACAACAUACUGAGGGCGACCCUUGCUGGCUUUCUAGCCAAGCAUUAGAGGCUGUGCUUUUCAAAGCUGGGAAUGAGAGACUGGGGAGAGCGCUCAGGAAGCAGAGAACACGGAGUCUGCUUGAAAACCCCAAGACUCACCAUGAGGGAGUGUGUCUGCUGGUGAGUGUUCUGCUAAGAUCUGGACUAAUAACACCUGAGAUCUUACAGAGCCUCCUCCCCUGGGUGAAUUCCCCAACAGAAAACCUCCGAGUCACCAGCACAGCUUUCCUUGCCCAGCUAAUGAGUGAUCCCAUGCUCAGGGAGAAGAAGUUCCUUAAGUCUGUCUUGAGCAUCUUGGAAGAAAGGUCACAUGAUAGGAACAGCAUUGUCCGCCAGAUGGCUGUGAGAGGCCUGUGAAAUGUAGUCUAUGGGGCACCUGAGAAGGUGAAAAAGCACAAGACGUUUCUGAUGGUCAUACUGAUCAGGGCCUUAAAUGACACUCCUGAAGUCAUUGGUGAGAGCAUGAAAGCACUGGCCAAAGUCCUGAAGGAGCUGAAAGAGAAGGACAUAGGUUCUUCCUUCAGAGACCUCACCCAAAAGAUCCGGACCUACUUUGACAAUGAGGAUGAUGCUCUUCGCUCAAUGGCCUUUGUCCUAUUUGGCAUCCUGGCCCAGCUGACAAAGAGAAAAUGAAAGACCUAUUUCGCCGACCAGGUUAAACAGAGCUAGGUCACACUUCUGCUGCACCUGCAAGACCCAAACCCUGAGAUUUCAAUGGCCAAAGAGAAUGCAGAGCUGCUGGAGAACUUAUACAAAAACACCACCAUGUACUUCCACAGCAGCUGGGAAGAGAUCCGGGCACUUGAUGAGACGUACCCGCACUAG